GAGGAGAGACACAGGGAGGAGGGGGGUGGAGAGGCUGCCUGCGCUCGGGCCUCCGGCAGAGCGAAGCGGCCAGGAAGAGCUGCGAGCCCUCCGGAGCAGAGCGCAGCGGGAACUGGGAUCGCCCCCCUCCGCAGCCAACGAGAUGAAGCAGCUCUUCCUCCUCUUCCUCUUCGGGCUCAUCGCCAGCUCUUCCCAAAUCGAGGACAACAAGAUCCCUAGGCUGUGCUCAGGGCAGCCAGGCAUCCCGGGGACACCGGGCCUGCACGGGGGCCAAGGGCUGCCAGGCAGAGACGGCCGAGACGGCCGGGACGGGGCGACGGGGAUGCCAGGGGAGAAGGGCGAGAUGGGCCCUCCUGGACCCCCCGGCCCCCGCGGGGAGGCGGGCAGCCCCGGCGUGGACGGCCUGCACGGCGAGAAGGGGGCGCAGGGCGAGUGCGCGGUGGCCCCCCGCUCGGCCUUCAGCGCCAAGCGCUCCGAGUCGCGCAGCCCGCCGCUGGCCGACCAGCCCAUCCGCUUCGACGUGGUGCUCAUCAACGAGCAGGGCCACUACGACCCCGCCACGGGCAAGUUCACCUGCGAGGUGCCCGGCCUCUACUACUUCGCCGUCCACGCCACCGUCUACCGCGCCAGCCUCCAGUUCGACAUCAUGAAGAACGGCCAGUCCGUGGCCUCCUUCUUCCAGUACUACGGGAACUGGCCCAAGCCCACCUCGCUCUCGGGGGGGACCCUGGUCCGCCUGGAGCCCGAGGACGAGGUGUGGGUGCAGGUGGGCGUCGGGGACUACAUCGGCUUCUACGCCAGCGUCAAGACGGACAGCACCUUCACCGGCUUCCUCGUCUACUCCUACUGGCAAAACUCCGCCGUCUUCGCCUGAGCCGGCCGGCGGCUGCUGAGCGGCCGGGGCGCGCGCCCCUUCCCCUGCGCGCCGGAGCGGGCGCCGGGACGCCCGCGCUCCCCGCCCCGGCUCUGCCCGGCGUAGGGCAGAAACGCGGGUGCUCCGCCGCCCCGGCGGCGGCGGGGACCGGCCCUCCGGCAGCGCUGCGCAAGAGCCUAGCGUCAGCCGGGAGCGGGGCAGAGGCAAGACGCCCCACGCCCGGGAGCCCCAGCGACCCGGUCGUCAUGUAUCGCUCGCCGCAGCCGCCCCGUCCUGCAGCAGCCCCUGACGGUGCCCGCUUCUCUGCGCGCCCUCGGUGCCGGGCGAGCCGCCCGGACCGUGCCGCCGGCAAGUCCGCGGCCGGGGGUCCGGCUCGCUGCCCUCCAAGCGCCUCCUCCUCCGCCAGCCCUCAAUAAAGGGGUCCGCAGCCA